AUGCCCGUUAAGCUGAAAUGGCCCUGGUUGGGAAUAGCAAUACCAUGUGUUCUGGUCAGUUUCAUUGGUUACUGUGGGCAUUUUUUCAUCCUGUCCAACUUCCUCUCGCCAUCCAAACAGUUGUGGUUCCAGUGCAAUUUGGCUUUGAUAUGGCUAUCCUACUACUACGCAAUUUAUACAAACCCAGGAAGGCCGAGGCCUAACUUUGAAGUACCAAAGUAUGAAUGGAAGAAUUACUGUAAGAAGUGUCAGAAUUAUAAACCCGAAAGAGCUCAUCACUGCAAAACUUGCAAUCAAUGUGUUCUUAUGAUGGAUCAUCACUGUCCAUGGACUAUGAACUGUGUUGGCCACAAUAAUUUCCCUCACUUUCUGCGCUUCUUAGUGUGGGUGAUUGUCGCUACUGCCUUCCUACUUUACCAACUUGUCAGCCGAAUAAUCGUCCUCUGGCGAGACAGGAACCUUCCCGAUUACAUGUUUCACAGAUCCGAACUAGUGUUUCUGACAAUCUUAACACCCCUCGACGCAUUUGUGCUGCUGACUAUCACCAUAUUAUUAUGCCGCUGCUUGGCGAAUCAGAUCUUCAAUGGGAUGUCUCAAAUUGAGACUUGGGAGCUAGAAAGACUUCAAGCACUCUUCGACUCCAAAAGGCUCGUUCCUCUGUUGAUAGAAGCUGCCUGGGAUAUUUUUCCUGGGACGAGGGAACAAAUUAAUGAAUCGACAGCGGCAGAGCUCUCGAUGAACAAAGAGCUCAGGUUAGAGGAUGUCGUUAACUUCCCAUACGACCUUGACCCCUGGAGCAACGCCGAGCAGUUGCUCGGCAACCCGCUAUUGUGGCUCUGGCCCUUUGGUAGACCGAAAGGUGAUGGUAUGUCCUUUGUCAAGAAUGAAAUUUCUGAGUAUUCCUCCAGAGCUAGUUAUGAAGAUCUCUUGCUCUCUCUUCCAUGGCCACCAGAUGGCGGUAGGACUCGAGCAGGCCCUGGAAGUCUAUCAAGCAGUAUUGAAAGCAUUACAAAGCAAGGAGAGCAAUUGAUAAGAAGAAGGCCAAAUGAUACCUCUGACCUAAUAGGAAGGAGGCAGUGGCAGAAUGAUUGGGGCGAGAAUCUUGAAGACUUUGGAGUUGAUGUGGACACAGAGCAGGCUAGCUAA